CUGGCUAGCUGCUCUCAGUCCCACCAUUCUGAGUACUGCUAUCUCAAAGUGGAGUCUUCUCCCACAGUGGCCUGACUGCGGUCUCCAAGGCUGGAGUAGUUAUCAUGCCCGUGAUCCUGGGUUAUUGGGAUAUCCGUGGACUGGGUCACGCCAUCCGCCUGCUCCUGGAAUACACAGACACGAGCUAUGAGGAGAAGCGAUACUCCAUGGGGGAUGCUCCUGACUAUGACCGAAGCCAGUGGAUGAAUGACAAACUCAAGCUGAACCUGAACUUUCCCAAUCUGCCCUACUUAAUUGACGGGUCACACAAGAUCACCCAGAGCAACGCCAUCCUGCGCUACCUCGCCCGCAAGCACAACCUGUGUGGGGAGACAGAGGAGGAGAGGAUCCGUGUGGACAUUUUGGAGAAACAGGCCAUGGACAGCCGCAUUCAGAUGGGCACACUCUGCUACAGCCCCGAGUUUGAGAAACGGAAGCCAGAGUUCUUGAAGGGCCUCCCAGAUCAGUUGAAGCUCUACUCUGAGUUCCUAGGGAAGCGGCCAUGGUUUACAGGGGACAAGAUCACCUUUGCGGAUUUCCUAGUCUAUGAUGUCCUUGACCAGCACCGAAUGUUUGAGCCCACAUGCCUGGACGCUUUCGCAAACCUGAAGGACUUUGUGGCCCGCUUUGAGGGCCUGCCGAAGAUCUCUGCCUAUAUGAAGACCAGCCGCUUCCUCCCAAGUCCUGUGUACUUAAAACAGGCCAUGUGGGGCAACAAGUAGAUCGUGCACUGCCAGUACUGGUAGGGAAGAUCUGUCAGUCAGUGCACCCGUCACCCUGGACACUGACUGUGCCACAGUUAGCCUCCAGCAACUUCUCUACAUCAGUCUUCCCAUUUGUUUCUGUCUUUCCAUGACUUUCCCCUCUACAAGGGCUCCUUUUCUCCCCCUUUUACACUGCCUCUUGUCACUCAAGCGUCCUAAUUUCAGCUCCCUGUCCUCAGCAAAGUCCUUUUCUUCCCUUAUUUCUUUCUGACAUGUUUCUAACCAGACAACCUUUCACUAUGCUUUAAGCAGCUCAGCUGAUGCCUUAUUCCCCACUGUUUCCCAAAGAUCCACACUGCCUAGGAUGCAGGCUCAGUCUCCAGAGCGGGGUGGCCUGGCCUUGUUUGGUCGUUAAUAAAGUAUGAGCCACACUU